AUGACCUCCACCGAUGGGGGCUCAACUCGCCAGCGCAAAGCCAGAACUUCAACGCAUCCAACAUCCAGCGGCCCAAAUUCUUCCGAGACCUUAAAAAAGGAACAUAUACAGAGUCGGGUAUGCUCCAAAAAGCCACGCUCAUUCCUGCGGCGCCUCAAAAGACGCGCCAUCAAACACACCUGGUCGAUUCCGCUACUCCUCCUAGUCGCCAUCGCUUCGCUGUACGCCCUCGACCCAACCGAGUCCAAUAUCGUCCACCACUUGAUAUUCCUCUCGUACGCGCAAGACCCGACGGAUAGUGACAGCAUCAGCUCCCUCGACAAUAGGCCUGACCACAACAACCUCCCCAUACAAUAUGGCAAAGGUCUCUGGGACAUCGCGUUCGUCGCCUUCUACACCAUCGUCCUCACAUUUACCCGUGAAUUCAUCAUGCAAGAGCUCCUCCGACCUCUCGCGCGCGCCUUAGGGAUCAAGCGCGCCAAACAACUCCGCUUCAUGGAACAAGCGUACACGGCCAUUUACUUUGGCUUUUCAGGGCCCAUGGGUCUCUAUGUGAUGCGCCGCACGCCAGUCUGGUACUUUCACACGCCCGGGAUGUACGAGGGGUUUCCGCAUCGAACACACGAGGCGGUGUUUAAAUUCUACUAUUUGUUCGAGGCGGCGUACUGGGCGCAGCAGGCGCUGGUGAUGAUAUUGGGGAUGGAGGCGCGCAGGAAGGAUUUCAAAGAAUUGGUGGCCCAUCAUAUUGUCACCUUGGCGUUGAUCGGACUGAGCUAUCGGUUCCAUUUCACGUAUAUUGGGAUCGCGAUCUACAUCACCCAUGAUAUCAGUGACUUUUUCCUCGCGAUCUCCAAAUCCUUCCACUACAUCGACUCGGAACUCGUCAUCCCCCUGUACGCCCUCAACGUAGCCACAUGGAUCUACUUACGCCACUACGUCAACCUCCGCAUUCUCUACUCCAUCCUGACCGAGUUCCGCACCGUCGGACCCUACGAGCUAGACUGGGAGACGCAGCAGUAUAAAUGCUGGAUCUCGAAUCUCAUCACGUUUGCGCUUCUGGCGCUGCUGCAGAGUCUGAAUCUGUUCUGGCUGUAUUGUUUGAUGAGGAGUGCGUGGAGGUUUGUGUCGACGGGGGAGAAGAAGGAUGAUAGGUCGGAGGAGGAAGGGGAGGAGGAGGUGCUUGUUCAAGAGAAGCUCGGUUCGGUUAAUGCGAGGGAGGUCAGUCUUGUUGAUGCCGCGGAUGUGUGCAUCGAGGUUGAGGAGGGUUGUCCGACAGGUGUGAGGGAUUCGGAAGGUACCGAUCGAACUGGGUCAUGGUCAUGA